UGAGUGGAAGCUGCAAUAAACACACAGGGCGUCUGCGCCUAUCUAAGUAGGACAAUAAAGUGAAAACGGCAUCAAUGCUCUAACAAUGGAUUUAUCAGAUAUGCUUCUUCUUAAAGUUUUCCUCUUCGCGUACUUACUAAACUAUACCCACGGACACUACAGAAAUCCUCUGAACAAGUACAUCCGUCACUAUGAAGGCCUGUCUUAUGACACAGAGCUUGUGCACAGCAAGCAUCAGAGAGCCAAGAGGGCGCUCUCUCAUGAAGACAAGUUCCUUCAUUUAGACUUUCAUGCCCAUGGAAGGCAUUUUAAUUUACGAAUGAAGAGGGACACCACCUUGUUUGCCCAAGAUUUAAAGGUAGAUGUUUCAGGAGAAGAGAUUCCAUAUGAUACCUCUCAUAUCUACACCGGAGAAAUCUACGGUGAGAAAGGUACCCUGACUCAUGGCUCCAUUGUGGAUGGUAAGUUUGAGGGCUUCAUUCAGAGCUACCAUGGCACCUACUACGUGGAGCCUGCUGAGAGAUACUUGGAGGGCAAAGAUGUGCCCUUCCACUCUGUCAUCUACCACGAAGACGACAUCCACUACCCGCACAAGUACGGCCCAGAGGGAGGCUGUGCUGAUAGCUCAGUCUUUGAAAGGAUGAACAAGUACCAAGCCUCUGCCGUUGAGGAGCCACCCAAGGAGCUCCACACUGAGGCGGGCUCUAGUGACCCUGUGCUGUUGAGGAAGAAGAGGAUGGCCCAGGCAGAGAAAAACACCUGCCAGCUUUUCAUCCAAACUGAUCACCUCUUCUACAAGUAUUACAAGAGCAGAGAGGCUGUCAUCGCUCAGAUAUCCAGCCAUGUCAAGGCCAUUGAUGCCAUCUAUCAAGGCACAGACUUCAUGGGCAUUCGCAACAUCAGCUUCAUGGUGAAAAGGAUCAGGAUAAACACCACCAGCGAUGAGCGGGACAGGUCCAACCCAUUCCGCUUUGCCAACAUUGGCGUGGAGAAGUUCCUGGAGCUCAACUCAGAGCAGAACCAUGACGACUACUGCUUGGCUUAUGUUUUCACCGACAGAGACUUUGAUGACGGAGUGUUGGGUUUGGCCUGGGUGGGAGCUCCCUCAGGGAGCUCUGGAGGCAUUUGUGAAAAAAGCAAGCUGUACUCAGACGGAAAAAAGAAGUCUCUCAACACCGGUAUAAUCACAGUACAGAACUAUGCCUCCCACGUACCUCCAAAAGUCUCCCAUAUCACUUUUGCACAUGAAGUAGGACACAACUUUGGCUCCCCGCACGACUCUGGAUCUGAGUGCACCCCAGGAGAAUCUAAGAGCCAAGACAAGAAAGAGAAGGGCAAUUAUAUCAUGUAUGCAAGAGCUACAUCAGGAGACAAGCUCAACAACAAUAAGUUCUCCAUCUGUAGCAUUCGCAACAUCAGCCAGGUGCUGGAAAAGAAGAGAAGCAACUGCUUUGUCGAGUCUGGCCAGCCCAUCUGUGGGAAUGGUCUGGUGGAGCCUGGAGAGGAGUGCGACUGUGGCUACAGCGAUCAGUGCAGGGACCAGUGUUGCUAUGAUGCCAACCAGGCUGACAACAAGAAGUGCAAAUUAAAGCCUAACAAAGUCUGCAGUCCCAGCCAGGGUCCUUGUUGUACUGCCGAGUGCACUUACAAGGGUCGUAAUGACAAGUGCCGAGAGGAGUCAGAGUGUGCUCACCAGGGCAUGUGUAACGGAGUCAGUGCCCAGUGCCCCACGUCUGAGCCCAAGGCCAACUUUACCGCCUGCCACGGAGAGACUCAAGUCUGCCUCAACGGGGGCUGCUCCGGCUCCAUCUGUGAGAAGUAUGGGCUUGAGGCAUGCACCUGUGCCAGCCAAGAUGGCAAGGAUGAGACUGAGCUUUGCCACGUAUGCUGCAUGGAGAAGAUGAAUCCCAACACGUGCAGCAGCACCGGAUCAGAGCGCCUGGCUCGGUUCUUCAAUAAGAAAGUCACCACGCUGCCAGCCGGCUCGCCUUGCAAUGACUUCAAGGGCUACUGUGACGUAUUCAUGAAAUGCCGUCUGGUGGAUGCAGACGGGCCUCUUGCUAGGCUAAAGAAGGCCAUCUUCAACCCAGAGCUCUAUGAGAACAUUGCAGAGUGGAUUGUGGCCCAUUGGUGGGCAGUGUUGUUGAUGGGAAUUGCCCUCAUCAUGCUCAUGGCUGGCUUCAUUAAGAUCUGUAGUGUGCAUACACCGAGCAGUAACCCCAAACUUCCCCCUCCCAAACCACUUCCAGGCACUUUGAAGAGGCGGCGAGCGCAGCAGCAUGCUGGCUCUCAGGUGCAGCACCAGUCUCAGCACCCGCACUCCCACCAGCACGGCCACGGUGGCCACGGCGGGCACGGGGGCCAGCGGCAACCCCAGAGGCAGCCUCAGCGGCAGGCGCAGCCCCAGAGGCACCACCGUCAGCCCAGAGAGAACUAUCAGAUGGGCCAGAUGAGACGCUGAGACCCUGCACCCUGUCCCCUCCUGCCCCCCAAUGCCUUGGCUCCUCCUUGUGCCUACAGUGGGAAACAAAAGCGUCACUCCAUCCAAAGAAAAGCCUGACAUGGUUGUUAGUCACCAUCAUAUCCUCCAUCUACAGACAAAACAGACACGUGGAAAAGAGAAAACACUAUCUAGCAACUCAAUUGGCUCUUUGUGGAGUGGACUCGACCAUCAGCCAUUUCCAAUGCAGUGCGAUCUAGCAUCUUUUUCCACCUUUUUUUUUUUUCUUUUUUUUUUUAAGGAGUGCCAAGGAGUUAAGGAAUCAUGUGUAGCUUUAGUACAUUCUGUGAUGUGUGUUUUUUUUUCUUCUUUUUUUUCUUUUUUUUUUUUUUUGUUCUAUUGCAACAUCUUCUUGAGUGACACACCCGUGGCUGCUGGUGAAUUGUUCUGUGCUUUUCUUUCGCCAUUCAAGCCAGAAAUGAGAGACACUCAGAGGGGAUUUGCGGCACUUUUGUGAUUUACACAUGUCAAAUGGCAAAAGACACAGGCUCCGGUCUCUCGUGCAGACAGUCUUCUGCAUGUGACUGUACAUAUUUAGUGUAUCAUAAGUGAAAACAAACUAUUUCUUCUACUGUAAAUGUGUAAUUCUUCACUUUUUUUCUUUUAUUUUUUUGGUUAGUGCUCUCAGGACUCUUAACACAUAAAAGAAGGAAUGAUGGUUGUGAGGAGUUCCUUGGACGUUGCUGUCGAGGAUUUGAGGCCGUCGAGUUCUCUUCGCGGUCGUCCAAUCAGGUGGAUCUCUUUCACUUUUAGAUUGCCAGGUUUCAAAUUUGAACAACAAGGUCACCAUAUCCCACAUUUUAGGCCUUCUUUGUUCAAGGUCCCCUUUUCCCUCUCUUAUUUUUUAUUGUCUUGCUAACAUCAUGUUUUGCUCAUGUUGCAUAACCAGCUAGAUGAGGUAUGGAGUCAUGAGAACUGAAAGGGAAGCUCACCUAGUUUGGUUUACCUUUUUUUUUUUUUUUUUUUUUUAAAUUGUCUUCACCGAAUUGUUUUUUGAUAAUGAAGAAUGAAUAACCACUAAAUGAAGCUUAUGAUGAUUCUACCUGUUCAGAUCUGGGAAAAAAAACAAGGGAAAGUGAAGGCUGCUGUGGCUUAGUUUAGAAAUGAGAGUGUAUCAUGUUACAGAGUUAGUUUACAUGCGUGUGGAAAUAAAUUUAAAAAUGACUCCAGUGUGGAUGUACAAAAAAAAAAAUGUAAGAUUAAAUCAUUCUAUUAUUCUUCAAGAUAGCGAAUCUAAGAAUUUUUCAAUGUGGGCAUGCAGACACAUUUAUUAAAUGUGACUAUUAAUUGACCAAGGUCUGUAAUAUUUGUAUGUCACUCAGCACCAUUUCCUUUGACAGCUGUUAAUGUUAGUCUUAAACCAAGUGGAAGGAGCGGUGUGACGCGGCAGUAUUGUAACACUAUUCACUAAUGCAUUCCUCAGUGUGUUCACUAGUUUCACAGGAGACACGCAGCUGUCUUUUUUUUUUUGUUUGUCUGUUUUUUCUUUUUUAAACUCACCUGCAGUUUUCUCCUGGUCAGAUCUCAUCAUGGACCGAAUCCCCUUAAGAGCUCAUGAGUGCAGGCCUCAGUGUGAGUUUACAUCAGCGUGCCAUAAAACUUAAUACAGCUGAUCUUUGUGCACAGGUUUUAUUAGACACAGGAAGCUUCUGUAAAGGUUUUUGUGGAACCACUUUAAAUGGAAGAAAUGAAGGAGAUGUGAUUGUUUUUGUGAGAUCGUUUCACCUCAGGUGUUUGGGUUUUUUUUUCUUUUCCCCCUGCUCUCUGCAGCAAAGCAAGAGGUGAACAAUUUGGAAAAAAUGAUGACACUAAAUGAGAGGAUUGGAUGAAUCUGGUCAUGAUAUAUUAUGCAAAAUCCCUAGAUUUAUUUAUCAUGCAAACAUUUUAACCCACCAAAAGAAUUUGGCAAGCGGGAGAAAGGUUUUGCAUAAACAAUAAAGCACAGGAUUUUGCAUUGUGUAGUUGGCAAAGGAUUGUUUUUUUUUUUUCUGCUCUGGCUUUAGUUUAUCCUGGCAUUAUUAUUUUUGAAUGCAUGCAAUACUAACCUCUACUAAUAUCUUAAAAUACUGUCCUGAUGGUCGUAAUAAUCACACGUGUGCUCUCGAGGGGACAUAAAAUAAGCUGUCUAACAGUUAACGAUCUCUUUCACAUGGCAGAUGAAUUGGGCAGGUUCGGCAGUUGCUACAACUUCUCAUGUCUGUACAAAAUGGAGCUCUUUUUAAAUUCUGACGUCUAGGCUGAAUCCCGCCCGUUAGGCCUAGAGAAUUUACAUGUAAACUUGUACAGUACUUCGGAAAUUUGCAUUUCAUUUGAAAAUGAAAAUUACAUUUUGAUACAUCUGUUUCAUUUUUUGUAUUCUAAAUCCAGAGUAAGUCGUUCAAAGAUGUUCAUAUGUGACAAACUUUCCUCUCCUCUAAGUUAUUUAUGUUCUUAUAUGUGCUAGUUGAACUGGAGUUUGCUUAUGAUACUUUUCUCCACCAUCAUCAAUGGUAAAAAACAAUUCAGUGUGAUGGAGUUAAUGUUACAUUCUCAUUUUCGUCUUCGUUAUCCUGUGGCAUGGUUUGGGUAGAAGAGCAGAAGAAUAAUGCCUGUAAAUUUACUUUCUUUUUAAUUUCGUAGUCUUGGUAAAGUUUUUAGAUAAACGUGCACUGAAAAUGUCCAAAUUGAGUUGAAAUGUUGUAGGUGAUGUAGGCCGAAAGAACACAAGAUUAAAAAGUAAUACUACUGUCUGAUUUUAAUGUUCACUGUGUUUUAUACAGUAUCGGAAAUUUUUGUUCACUUUGAACAUUUUUACUAAAAAAAAAAAAAAUUUCAAAUUGUAUUGUGCAAAGAGAUGUAAUUUUUGGAGUACUUGAAAUGCAUUAAUUAAAAGACUCAUUCAAAAAUAAAAUAGACCCCUGUUUACUGUCUGUAAAGUGUGCGCUCUUUGGUUUUUAUUGUUUGUUUGGUGCCGUUUUAGUCAUGAGUACUGAGAAUGAAAUCAGAGGCCACAGUUCAGCGCUUGAGACUUUAAAAUUUACAGCAGCUCGUGUUACAAACUGGUGUGAAUUUUGAAAGACAUGGGCCUUUAGCUGACAGGAAGGGUCUGAGAAAACUGAGGUUUACUAUGGAAACUGUUGGAUUUCAGUGCUUGUUUUUUUUUUUGUUUUUUUUGUUUUUUUUUGAAC